AACCCCGGCCGGACCGAGCUAAAACCCUAGUCGCCACCGCGCCUCUGCGAAAAUGAACUGAAAGAGGAAGAAGAAGAAGAAGGAGAAGGAGAAGGAGAAGCAAACCAGAAGGCGGCAAUGGCGAGCCGGCGCUGCCUCCAAGCCCUGACCCGCCGCGCCGCGCCUCUCUCCUCGUCGCUCCGCCGCCUCAAGAAUCCGCCGCCGCCGCCCGUCUCCGCUCCGGCCCCUCCCGAAUCGCUCUUCCAAGCCCGGCGGGCGUCGGCCGGCCUCCAGCCGAGCCGGUGCCCUCCGUGGCCGCCGCGGGCGCGUCUCUUCUGCUCCAACAGGAGGAGCGAGGACGACGACGACGACGACGAGGGGGACGAGGAUGAGGAGGAGGAGGAGUCGGACGGCGAGGGAGGGGAGGUCAUGGAGGAGAGCGACUGCGAGACGGGCAAGGCCUCGUCGCGGUCCAAGUGGGACUACACGCCCGAGGAGAGGGAGGCCGAGGCCGCCGCGAUUGGGUACACGGUGCUCGGCCCCCUGCAGAGGUCGGAGCGGGUCUUCACGCCUUACGAGCCGGUUUUCGCCGUCGUUCAGAUUGGAUCGCACCAGUUCAAGGUGAGCAAUGGGGACUGCAUUUUCACGGAGCGGCUCAAGUUCUGCGACAUCAAUGAGAAGUUAAUUUUGAACAAAGUUCUGCUGGUCGGCUCACAGACUCAGACAAUUGUUGGCAGACCGACAGUUCCAGAUGCAGCUGUACAUGCAGUCGUCGAGGAGCAUGCAUUAGAUGCAAAAGUAAUUAUUUUUAAGAAAAAGAGGAGGAAGAACUACCGGCGAACCAAAGGACACCGACAGGAACUCACCAAGUUGAGGAUAACUGACAUUCAAGGAAUUGAGAAACCUGAGAAGACAGACAAUGAGAAACCUGUCAAGUCAGCAGUUAAGAAGUCGGAGAAGGUCGCUGUUGCAGCGUAGGAAUGAUUUUUUCCAUGGUCAUUUGCCAAUAAUGGUGCCAGUGCUACUUCUGCAUCAUGGGCACCAGUUGGACAUGCUGCUUGCUCAAUGAAUUGUCUGCCAAGUGCCAAGCACCUUUUAAGAGGGUAAUACCAUCAUAGCACAUGCUUUGAGUCUCAGGAUUUUUCUGGUGAUCCAUUCCUGAAUUCCUCCGGAUUGAUGUAAUAUUUCUAGGAUCAUGGGAGCAUUAAUCUUGCUUCUUAUAUCCGGAUAUGACUGAUGAAUCACAUGUGGCAAGAGAUCUUGUGCGUAGAUCACUGCAAGGCAUCAGGGUAGAGCUUUUCUGUACUUCAUUUAAUGGAUCGAAUGCUUCUUAUAAUUUUGAUUUUUAUGUAUUGCGACUGCGACAUAGUGGGGAUA